AUGAGGGUAACCCUGGGCCAGAUAAUCAUGAGGGUAACCCUGGGCCAGAUAAUCAUGAGGGUAACACUGGGCCAGAUAAUCAUGAGGGUAACACUGGGCCAGAAAAUCAUGAGGGUAACACUGGGCCAGAAAAUCAUGAGGGUAACACUGGGCCAGAUAAUCAUGAGGGUAACACUGGGCCAGAUAAUCAUGAGGGUAACCCUGGGCCAGAUAAUCAUGAGGGUAACACUGGGCCAGAUAAUCAUGAGGGUAACACUGGGCCAGAAAAUCAUGAGGGUAACACUGGGCCAGAUAAUCAUGAGGGUAACACUGGGCCAGAUAAUCAUGAGGGUAACACUGGGCCAGAUAAUCAUGAGGGUAACACUGGGCCAGAUAAUCAUGAGGGUAACACUGGGCCAGAUAAUCAUGAGGGGUAACACUGGGCCAGAUAAUCAUGAGGGUAACACUGGGCCAGAAAAUCAUGAGGGGUAACACUGGGCCAGAUAAUCAUGAGGGUAACAUGGGCCAGAUAAUCAUGAGGGUUAACACUGGGCAGAUAAUCAUGAGGGGUAACACUGGGCCAGUAAUCAUGAGGGUAACACUGGGCCAGAUAAUCAUGAGGGUAACACUGGGCCAGAUAAUCAUGAGGGUAACCACUGGGCCAGAUAAUCAUGAGGGUAACACUGGGCCAGAUAAUCAUGAGGGUAACACUGGGCCAGAAAAUCAUGAGGGUAACACUGGGCCAGAUAAUCAUGAGGGUAACACUGGGCCAGAAAAUCAUGAGGGUAACACUGGGCCAGAAAUCAUGAGGGUAACCUGGGCCAGAUAA